GGAAAAAGAACAAGACGACAAAUCAAAAAGGAUGCUUUAUAUAAAUCUGAACAUGCAUGCCCGAGGUCAUACGGUACAGUAACGUAGCAGCUACACACUGUUACAAUAAGAUAACUGUUAAAUCUAACAUUGCGAUACAACUAGCAAUAAUGGUGCAGCUGAUUUAGUGGUACAACUAUACAACUAACACACUUGUUAAAAAAAAAAAAUAAACGGAAAAGAAAACUCUUACUUGUCAAGGUACCCUACAGGUACAACUAAUAUACAGUUGCAGCUAAUUUAGUGGUACAAUUAAUGGAAUAACGCAAAUGACAUACCUUAACAUUGCAUAUAAUCCACUAAAAUAUUUUCACAAACUAAAAUAUACUCUGCUAUAACAAAUAACAUAAUGAUAUAAUGUAAGCAUGGAUGUUUCCCACGAGUCGUCAUAUAAUGUAGCCAGAAAUGGUAAUCAUUGUAUUGUCAUGUCCCGUUUUCUAUUUCUUUGAAGUCCAUCCCUUACCUCGAAUCAUUUGUCCUUACCCCAAGUUUGUUAAUGACACAUUCCUGAUUUAUUUCUCAUUAGGACAGCACGCGAUCGAAUUCUGCAAACAGUUUCCAACGUCUCUUCAAGACAUUAAUAUUAACAUCUCCCUAAUAUCUGGGAUUAAGGACAUCGUCGACGACUUCAAAGAGUUCUCUACGUGUCUGGAUGGCGCCAAACUUAGAAGUAUUUGGAUUUCCUAUUUGGGAGUAAACAAUGUCAGACGGAAGAUGCGAAUAGAUUUAAUAGACUCGUUAAACAGAUUAGUUCACGAUCAGCACUGUCUCAGGGUAAAAAAAAUAUAUACACGCUGUUGUUUAUCUUGGAGAUUUCACCAGGAUACAUGGACACCUCGGGAUAGACGGUAGAAUCGGAGAGAGCGUGUGUCCAUUUAGUUCAUGGUGGUUGUAAAGUUGGUGUUGAUGCUCUCUUACUGGGCUCUAGGCUCCAUACAUCCUGAAAUGAAAAUUUCAUUUAAAACAUGUUAAAUAAAUAUAUUAUCAUGUUUUAUAGGUCAAGUAUAUUUAUUUUUUAGAUGAGAUAAUAUAUUAAUGAUCAUUCAAUCCCUUUUUUUUUCUUUUUUUUUUCUUUUAAUUCAGUUUUAUUUUUUAUGACAUAUAAAUUGUUUUUAGUACUUUGUAACAUCUAUUCUAUUUCUGCCCAUGUUGUAGUGCAUUAUUAUAAAAACUCUUUUAUUACUUUAUUUUUAGAAAUUUCGUAUGCACAGGUCAUACUUUGACAUUGAGAGUGGUCUAAAAUGUCUACAACGUUUAGCCGAGGCCUCUGCAGCUACCAUCCAUGACCUAUCUCUAUAUGGCUUUUUUGAAAUUGGAAAGUCUAUAUUCCGAGAGGGACGAGUGUUAACAGAAAUGCAGGUCAUCGUCAAAUCACUAUAACACAGUGGUUCUUAACCUUGAUUCGAUUGAACCCCAGGGGUUCGGUGAGACAGUCUCAGGGGUUUGGUGGAGGUCUCAAAAAAAUCAGAAAAAAAAUAUUUUAUUUCUCCCCAAUAAGAAGAGUUCGGUGAAUGCGCAUUUGAAACUGGUGGGGUUCAGUACCUGCAACAAGAACAACUGCUAUAACAUCACUGUUCCCACGAUGUUUUCGUUUGUCUAUCAAUUACAGCCACAUAAAAACACAUCGUUAUCAUCAUGCUAUCUGAUUGCAUCUAGGUUUUCUUAAUAAAAUUUAAACGCGUUUAUCUUAUUUUUUUCGAUUAGUUAUCGUUACGCACUGGCUUCUAUUGUGGGAAAUUAAUCUCUUGUUUUAAGUUAUGGUUCGUUCACGCAGUGCACAACAAAGGACGAGACCAUAGAUAAAUACGAUAAUAAAGUUACGACACGCAAAAACAGUUGCCGAUUACAAUUAGUAAGAUUUAAUUCAGUAAUAAUACAAUUACAAAACAAUAGAAAUAAAAUAACAAAUAAUCAGCUUACAGAGUAUGUGAAAAUCUUAAACCGGUAUGUUAAAAUCUUGUACCAGUGCACUGUUGUUAGUACAAUUUGCCAAUUAAUAAUCAUGAAUGAUCAAUGCGAAUAAACACAUAAGAGCACACAAAGAAUAAUACAAUUUUCUCGUAAAGUUAAUAAUAUCUAUCUGAAUCUCUCUCUCCGUGUCUUUCAAUCCAUUUAUAUAUGCAGCGCAAGCACUACCUUCCAGAAACUACUCAGCAUUUGUUUACGUUUCUAGAACAAAUCGCGAUCAUUCGACAAGAGACUAGGAGACAUACUAACCAUAUUUAAUUGGUAGUCGAUAAUAAGCACGAUACAUCCAAGAGACAAGCCACGCCCAUAUAUGAAGUUAGCGUGUGCUAGGAAUCUAAUUUGGGUAAAGCAAAGUUCACGCAGGGGAAAAAAUGUCAUACGUAACAGUUAUCUUAUUAUUUUAGCGUUCUUUUCUUAUUGUAUCUAUUUAUCUUUUUAUUUGACAAGCGUACCACUGAUUGUAUUCUAAUAUCUUUUAAAGUAGAGUCCCAGAUCUCUCACUUGCAAAUUUAGCUAAUUUAAUUCUUGUCAGGCGCCAUACUUUUUUUUAAGUUAAGUGUGAUGGCCUGGCAAGUCUCUAACCAACCCCAUUUCAUCCCCAUACUCCAGCACAGGCUUUGGUCGAUGCAUUGAAUUUGUUUUAUAGUCUUGAUUUUUAACUUCCCGUCAAGAUAACGGUUUUGAUUAUAUUAUAAUAAUUUCAGAAGUUCACAGGCCUCUCUCGUAUUCAGUUGUAUUACGCUGAAAUGUCGGAAGAAUUGGUCAAAACCUGGGUCACGGGAUGUCCCAAUCUCUCGUUCAUUAAGUUCUUGGCUUUCGAAUACGCCCAUCCCGGUAUGUUUGUUUGUUGGUUGGUUGGUUAUUUAUGUUUUUUUUUUUUAAAUUUAAUAUUUAAAAAAAAAAUUUUUGUGCCAUUGAAAGUGUUUUAAUCUUGUAAAUGUAUGCACAAGCCAAACAUUUCUUCAUUUAUAAUAAUUUAAGUGUUGGUUCUAUAUAACGGGGUGGGGGGGUGGUUCUGUCUUCUCAUUUAGAAUCAGAUGCCUCCAGGUGAAUGGAUAACGUCAAAUUUGCCUUCUUUUUUAAAAAAGCUAUAAUUAUAAAGACGUUAACACGGUUUCUUUUGUGCCUGCAUAAAUAUACGCCAUCCUGUGCUUAGCUAACGUUUUGGUGUAAAUUAGCGUUCCGUAACUAAAUGUUGCAGGUUCUACGUGCACCAAAGCAAUCAAGUGUGUAUUUGUUCAAUUUUUACACAUAACUGACAAGGUCCUUUUGUGCCGUCCACUCAAUCAGCUCACGUAAUAACCUGCGAGACGUGGACGUCAUUGGUGAGCACCCACCCAAAUUUGUUGGUUGAGCUCCGAGCCUCAAUGUUCCAUGACGUCAAACGAUUGCUUGAGAUGUUAUCCCCGGCUAUUCCCUUGUUGAAUUUAUCCUGGUCCACAUACAAAGAAGCUGCAACGGAGAUUGAGGUUAGACGAGUCUUAAAAUGAUUGUCGGUGAGCUUUUGCCAUUUAUUUAUCUUUAAGUACAAGCUGCAAUUAUAUCGUACGCCUGCAACGGACACAAAACAAAAAAUAUCGUCAGUUUUAAGUUUCCCUUUGUACAAAGCUUGAUUUCAGUAACUGGUAACCUUUUUAAAAAGUGGUUUGUGUAUUUAAGGAAACAAAAAAUGAUAUACAAUCUUGAUUUUUUUUUUUUGAAACGCCGGUUUUGACUCGAUAUUUCAGUCCUAUGGGAUGUGUUGUACAACAAAAUAUAAUUAUUUUUUUUUUGAGGAAAAUACAUUUUUUGGUUUUUAAAGUAUCCGAAGCAUUCCGUAAAAAUUGUUUACUUUGAGACAUCUGGUUGCUUUAAACCCCAAAUAGGGCGCGAGCUCUAAAUCAAGAAGAAAAAAAAAAUUGAUCUUGAAAAACUGUUUGAUAAUAUAUAAAUAUAGAGACUAAAUCUUGCCGUUGCUAAAAUAUAGCUUCGCGAUGAAAACAUUUUUUUGCCAUAUUAUAGAAACAACUAUAUUUCUGUAUUAUUCCUGAGAAAUUUACUUUUGUUUAAAGGGGGGGGGGGGGGGGGGGGUGGGGGGAGGGUGGGGUUGGGUGGGAGUGAGAUUUAUGUAAUAUCAUCUUGGAAAUGUAUUACAUUUGCUGUGUUUACGCCGUCUGCCUAUUAUUUCAAUGCAUUUAAUGAUACAAUUUGUUCAUUUUAACUGUCCUCCGUUAAAGUUUUGAAUUCUUUAUAUGUUAACUUGAAUUUUUAAUUUUUUUAAUGAUUAUAGGGCCCACCUAAAUUAGUCAAUUUAUAACAGCUUAAAAAUCUGACUUUUUUUUAAAACUUGAACUCAUGUAAUUUCGGGCAAAGACGGGCAUAUCAGUAACAAUAUAUUUUUAUCCCCUAUAUUUAUCAUACAUAUUUACAUAACUUACCACCAAAGUAUAGAUCUAUAUUUAUUUUCUUUAGCUCACCAUAAUACUUCAUCGUGUUGCCCACUACCAUAGAACUAUAAAGCAUCUGUACCUGAGGCUUCUCGGUCCAUUUCCAAAUUUGAAUACAACUACAGUGCAGAACAUACUGUCUGAAUGCAAAAAUCUGUAAGUCUGUUUUGUAUUUGUAUGUGACAUUAGAGAUUAAUGGCUAUCAUCGUAAGCAAUAUCCCUCCCAUUUUAAGCACAAAUAGCCUCACUUAUCACACGAGUAUCCUAUAUCAUUAAGAUAGACGGACGAUGUGAAUUUGUACUAAGCAUCACUAGGGAUUCUCCUCUCCGUGGUUAGUGCUUGUCCUGGAUAAAGGGUUACAAUCUCUAUCAAAACGGGAUCCCUGGUCCAUCAUCCCUGAUACAUUUACGUCAAUUAAAACUUUAGUAUGAACCAAAUUAAUCUAUAAAAUAGUUUCGUUUAAUAUUUGGUAAACGUUUAUUUUUUUUUUAAUUAACGGAUGAAACAUGGUGUUAAGUUUAGUUAAUGGACUGAUGGUUUAUUCUUGGCUCAAGUUCUUGCUCAAUGUCCACUCUUAGCUCACAUAAAAAUUGCAAGGUAAUUAAUAUACAAUACAGUGACUGAUCCUUUUGAUGGUGAUAGCAAGAACCUGAAGUUGUUUAAUUUAGUUUGUGAUUGUGACACGUUGUGAGGUCUGAAAUCUUAAAUGCAGUUCAUAAACAAGUUUGUGAUUGUGACACCUAGUGAGAUCUUAAGUCUUAAACUGAAAUGCAACUAUAAACAAGUUUGUGAUUGUGACACCUAUAGAGAUCUGAAGUCUUAAAUGCAGUUUCUGAACAAGUUUGUGAUUGUGACACCUAGAGAGAUCUGAAGUCUUAAAUGCAGUUUCUGAACAAGUUUGUGAUUGUGACAACUAGUGAGAUCUGAAGUUUUAAAUGCAAUUUCUUUACAAGUUUGUGAUUGUGACAACUAGUGAGAUCUGAAGUCUUAAAUACAGUUUCUGAACGAGUUUGUGAUUGUGACAACUAGUGAGAUCUGAAGUCUUAAGUGCAGUUUCUGUACAAGUUUGUGAUUGUGACAACUAUUGAGAUCUGAAGUCUUAAAUACAGUUUCUGAACGAGUUUGUGAUUGUGACAACUAGUGAGAUCUGAAGUCUUAAAUGCAGUUUCUGAACAAGUUUGUGAUUGUGACAACUGGCGAGAUCUGAAGUCUUAAAUGCAGUUUCUGAACGAGUUUGUGAUUGUAACAACUAGUGAGAUCUGAAGUCUUAAAUGCAGUUUCUGAACAAGUUUGUGAUUGUGACAACUAGUGAGAUCUGAAGUCUUAAAUGCAAUUUGUGAACAAAUUUGUGAUUGUGACAACUAUUGAGAUCUGAAGUCUUAAAUACAGUUUCUGAACGAGUUUGUGAUUGUCACAACUAGUGAGAUCUGAAAUCUUAAGUGCAGUUUCUGAACAAGUUUGUGAUUGUGACAACUAUUGAGAUCUGAAGUCUUAAAUACAGUUUCUGAACGAGUUUGUGAUUGUGACAACUAGUGAGAUCUGAAGUCUUAAGUGUAUUUUCUGAACAAGUUUGUGAUUGUGAAAACUAGUGAGAUCUGAAGUCUUAAAUGCAAUUACUGAACAAGUUUGUGAUUGUGACAACUAUUGAGAUCUGAAGCCUUAAAUACAGUUUCUGAACGAGUUUGUGAUUGUGACAACUAGUGAGAUCUGAAGUCUUAAAUGCAGUUUCUGAACAAGUUUGUGAUUGUGAAAACUAGUGAGAUCUGAGGUCUUAAAUACAGUUUCUGAACGAGUUUGUGAUUGUGACAACUAUUGAGAUCUGAAGUCUUAAAUACAGUUUCUGAACGAGUUUAUGAUUGUGACAACUAGUGAGAUCUGAAGGCAAAGAUGUAGUUUAAGAGAGGGUUUUCGAUUGUGAAACCGAUGAUUUUUAUUGGUAACAAGUGGCUGUGUCAAUUUCCGAUGACGAAGUAUGUGGGUGUUUUUUUUUAUCGGCGACGGUGCAACAUGUUGUGAAACUAAUCCACAUCCGUCAACUGAACGCAAUUCUUCUGCUCAACUCUGAGGUUAUUCAAUGGUAAAACUUCUUUUAAUUGUUUUUUUCUAAAUAAACAAAAACACUUGACCUUUUUUCCGUGUAAUUUUUUUUUUCCUUUAAAAUAAGGAAGGUAAAACAAUGUUUUGAGAGCAGCUCCCAUUUAGGAAAUGUUACACUUGUGAUUCACAUUAUACUAUGAAUUACCGUAACUGCGAAUUAUUAUUUAGCCACGGAAACAAUAAUAGAUUAUGGGCCCUUGAGACAGCUUGAGCGUUAAAAUGACGUGAUGAUUUAUGCAAAAAAUUGUGUCGCAACCUCUCUCAUACUACCCUGAGCAUGUGCUUAUUCUUCUACAUGUUUCAUCAAGGCCCGACGGCCGGUCCACUCAUAGUUGCGUGAAAAUGUUUUUUAUUCCAAUGAGGUAUAAUAUUAUUGUGCAAAUAACAUAGUAAAUAACGCUUAUUGAUAUUAUUGUACAACUCAUAUGUUAUAGAGUUUAACUUCUUACUUACAUUUUUGACUUUGCUAAAUCUUUGUUUUAUUGUCUUAAAGACUGCAGUAACUGUGAAUGAACUUAUCCACUGAAAGACCCCGUCACUGGUUUCGUUGUGUUUUUUUUUUAAUCUUUCAGACUGCCGUUCCGCUGUUGGAAUGUCUUUCCAUAUUGCGGGGAGCAAAACCUAUGGCAACUGUAUCAACAGCACUUGGUGGUUUGAAGAAAACGACAACUAGCCUUGAAACAGUAGCCUUAAACAUGAAAAACUUCUCAUUCUAUGGUUGAUUUUGUCGAUUCAUAAAUGUAUCCUCGCCUACAAUGCCACAACAUCAAAAUGCUUAUUUUGUAGUUCUUUGUGUGUGUGUGUGUGUGUACAAAUAUGGCUUUAUAUACUUCUACAUAUUACAUUUGCCUGUAAAACUUAUUUCUUCACUGACGUCUAAUAAUAUACCCAAAAAAUUUUUUUAAAAUUUAGCACAGUUUAAAAAUCACUUCUACAAGUUUUGGAUAGAUCUUUGUUUUGCAU